GUUCUCUCUAUAUAUGUGAAUUUGAUUCAUAGUUUGUAACAACUAAAAAUUAAUUAAAUGGCGUUAGAAGAUGGUGGUGGAAAAUGGAAGAACGUUGCUCUACUUGUCAUAGACAUGCAGAAAGACUUUAUAGGUGGGCCAGUGAAAGUAAAAGGAGGUGAAGCUAUCGUCCCCAACGUUAUCAAGGCUGUUCAAGUUGCAAGAAAAUGUGGCAUUCAUAUAGUUUGGGUUGUACGUGAGAUUGAUCCAUUAGGGAGAGAUGUUGAAUUAUUUCGUCGUCACUUUUAUACUGCUGCCAAAACAAAGGUGGCAUCAAAGGGAAGUGUUGGGGCUGAACUUGUUGAUGGACUAAUUAUUGAAGAAAAUGAUUACAAAUUGGUCAAAACACGUUUUAGUGCUUUUCUCAACACACACCUUCAUUCAUAUCUUCACACUAAUGGCAUAACAGAUUUGGUCAUCACUGGUGUCCAAACUCCAAAUUGCAUACGACAGACUGUGUUUGAUGCAGUAUCAUUGGACUAUAAGCAUGUCUCAGUUAUCACUGAUGCAACAGCUGCAGCAACACCUGAUGUACACACUGCCAACAUAGUUGACAUGAAAAAUAUUGGAGUGGUGACUCCUACAUUAGAAGAAUGGUGCCAAUCUACAGAGAAAUACAUCAGUUGAACUCAACAUAUAUGUAUUUUCUUCAAGCUUCAUGCACGUGUGUGAUAUACUUGGGUGUUUAUUCUAGUCAUCUUACAUAAAAUGACAUGAUGAAAUUCCAAAAUUACUUAUGAUGAUAACAUGCAAUUUUAAUUAUCUUAUAUUUGUAUCACGUACUUAUCCAUGUACACUGCACUAAAAAUGAU